UAACUAACUCCGUCACUCUCUGUUCAUUCAUAACGCAACUCUGGAUUAUCAAGCCAUCGCUGAGAAGCUCCUUCUCCGAGGACUUCGGAAGAAACAACUGAGGAAUCUACCACCUCUGCCAGCGUCUGCUUCUCUCAAACAAUUAUAAACACAACCAUAAUUGUAUCACUGAUACUAAAACCAUGAAAAUGUCAGCAGAGCAGAUUUCCGAGGUCCUGAAAGAGGGGGAGCUGGAGAAGAGGAGUGACAACCUCCUUCAGUUCUGGAAAAGGAAGACAUGUGUCCUGACCACGGAUAGCCUCAACAUCUACGCCGACACGCAGAAGCGCACCAAGAGCAAGGAGCUCAAACUCCAGUCUAUCAAGAAAGUGGACUGUGUUGAGCGCACCGGCAAGUUUGUCUACUUCACCAUUGUUACCACGGAUAAUAAGGAGAUAGAUUUCCGGUGCUCCGGUGAAGAUAACUGCUGGAAUGCAGUGAUCACCAUGGCACUGAUUGACUUCCAGAACAGAAAGGCUAUUCAGGACUUUAAAACGCGACAGGACGACGAGAGCGGGUCCCCGGGACAGCACGAGAGCCGCAUGGCCAGAGCUCCCUGAAUGGCUUUGGGAGAAUAGCUACCACACUCCGAAUAUGAGUCAGUUAUGGACCAUGAAGAACAGGAACUUGGACCAAAGAAAGACGUCACCCGGUCCGUGGAUGAAGGAUUGUUCGGGACAGAUCAGCGCAUUCCCUUAGGGACCUCUGUCCUGAUAAGCUUCUAAAAGAGAAUUUAAAAUGCUCAAAACUCAAGACUGAAUCCUUGAACUUUCAAGUAUUUCAAAGUGCGCUUUUCUGAGGAGGGAUGCCUCCUGAAUGACAUUGCAAAAAUGUGUUAAUUUAUUUGUGUCAAGAAAAUGUUUUUCUUGGAUACAUGCUUAUGUUGUUUAAAUUAUUUACUAUUUCAGUGUGUAUUUAUUUGAAUAAAUAUUCAUACAUUUUUGAAGAAAAUGUGGUCCUAUAGCCCAGUGGUUCCCAACCGGUGUUCAGCAGGAACUCUCAGGUGUGUCGCAAACUUUUCCUGAUCUUGAUUUUUUAUUUUUUUUACACUCGCUUAUCAACGUAACCUGUUAAAUGCACAUGGCAUUUUGACUUGGGAGCACUAGUACUGCUCAGAUAAUACAUUAAAUAGCACAUGGAUACAUCCGUAUCAUUGUUUCAAGUCCAGUGUCCUCAGGCUGUUGGUACAUUUGUAUCAUUUGAGGAAAUCACAUCACAAGCAAAGUCAUCUGUUUAAUUUGACUUUGUCUGUGAAAAGGGGUAAACACAAAUGAACUAUCUUGCUAUCUUUCUAUGGCAGAGGGAGUGGUAUGGCUAAGCCCAGGGCCAUAAGAAAUACAUGACUCUGGCUAAGCCUAAUCAGACUUUUCACAAGCAUUUUUCUACACCCGCAAUAACAUCUGUUAAACAUGUGUAUGCGACCAAUAACAUUUUGACUAACUAUCAAAUAAUCCUAAUUCAUCUAUAAAAAAACUUAUCACAGAAAAUGUAUGAUUUUUCAAUUUGGAAAAGAUGAGAUAGCAACAUUUUAGGUGCGCAGCUGAAUUUUAUUUUAUUUAACUAGGCAAGUCAGUUAAGGGAAAAUUCUUAUUUACAAUGACGGCCUACACCAGCCAAACCCGGACGGCACUGGGCCAAUUGUGUGCCACCCUAUGGGACUCCCAAUCACGGCCGGAUGUGAUGCAGCCUGGAUUCCAAACCAGGUGCUGCAAUGACGCCUUUUGCACUGAGAUGCAGUGUCUUAGGCCACUCGGGAGCAAUUUUAUAUCCCAUGAAGGUGUGCCAAGGUUAAAAAAGGUUGGGAACCACUGCAAUAGCCUAUGUUUUUCUCUCAUAUAUUGGUCAGUUAAUGUUAUGGAUAAAAUUUUGAGUGAUGUUACAUUGACAAAAAUACAGAUCUUCAUAUUAAUCCUCUUUUAAUUCUCUUUAUUAAUCAGAGCCUUUAUCCGUGAAGCCCUUUGUAAGAUUUCAAUUUGUAUGGAGGUACAAAUUGAGAUGAGAGCACUAUAAAUGAAAAGAUCUAUAAAAUAUAUCUUAUGUUAUGUAUCCACCAAUCCACCAAUGCCAAAUCAUAACCCACAGCACAAUGGCUUCCUGAGAUACCACAAUUUUGAGCAGUGUAUGAUAGGAAAGUCCCUCUCUUCUUUUAUCACAGGUUGCACCCUGUUUGUCAUCUCCGGUUGUCAUGCUUUAUUAUACAUACUUUAUGACUGAUAAGGGUUGUGGUUUCACUGCACCUGUAUCAACGGGCCCUUUGAACACAUACCUUUACAGCCAAGGUGUGUUGUACCCAGAGCCUGAAGGAAUCUGCGGGGGUGGAAUCACCUAACGACAUGCGUGGAAAUCAAACGUACCCGGGGAUUAACCUCAGAACUGGAAGGAGAUUCUAUUUCUAUGAAUAAACCAAAGAAAAUAUUGAUAUAGAAUAUUAAUAAUUACAGUUUUACUGGUUGAACGUAUGAACAAUGUUGUACAGGUAAUAAGAGAACUUCCCCAAAGAUGCUCGUGUUGCCAUACCUAACACAUUCCUACACACACACACACACACACACACACACACACAUAUCAUUAAGCUAUGGGCACAGGACAGGGCAAACACAGGGAUGUGUUACAAGGCCCACUUUACUGCCCUGUUCACUAUACACAAAGUGACCUGCCCAUGGUUAUUAUGUUGAGUUAGACACCCUGCUAUAGAAUGACUCACAAUGACUCACAAGAAGUCAUAAACAGGGGAGUUAUUCUGUCUUUAUCCAAACUCCCAUGACACCCUAUAUGUGUAAAUUGAAACACUUGUGUAAAUGUUUGUGGUGUGCCUGUGUCAAAAUAAAGGAAACACCAACA